CACCCGGCUUCUCCGAUGUUGCUUUAUUUUUUUUUUAAAACAUCGUUUUUAUUUGUUGGGGUGAUAUGCUCUCCUCGUCACCUUGGAUUUAAGGUAUGGAACAGGCUCGAAUGUGAAUGAGGAGCUGACCCAGAGUUGGUACUCGGUACUUGCAAGAGACAGGUCCACUCUGUACCCUUGAGGAAUUAAUACAGUACAAAAUGUGUCCAGAGCUAUAUUGCAGCAUUAAAUAACAUCGUCAUCAAAUAAAAUGGUUCGGGUGUUCUUUUUUCAGGAAGAAGGUUUACCUUUGGUGAAAAUGUUUGAAUUUUAAUUGAAAAAGACACAAAGUGCUGGAGUAAAUCAGUGGGUCAGGGAGCAUCUCUGAGAAGAUGGUGCACCGCUGAGUUACUCCAGCACUUCCUGCCUUUUCUUAUAAAUCAGCACAUGCAGUUCAUUGUUUCGUCUUCUUAAUUAGUCUAUUGGACUGUAAUUAUCAAGACACCUAUGUUUAAAUUCAGCGUGUAGCAGCUGGAGGUUCCAGACUGUGGCCUGUGAAGAACUUCAACGAUGUUUUGAUUUUUGCAAGAAGGUGUUGAUCCCGCGCCUCAUUGUACAACGACCAUCCCAAUCCCCCAAUUGUCUGUAGACAUAUCAGUAACUGAGAUAUCUCGUUUAGAUCCAGAGAUGGGAAAACUUUUUAUCGGGACAUUUUAUUUAAUGGCGACGAGACAAGGACUUCCAUCCACGGUGUUCUAUCUACUCGCGGGUUUAAUCCGGAGAACGAGGAAGUCAUAAUUAGACUUGUUUCCUGUGCUAUCCACUAGAGAUGGAAAUGUUAUUUUAAAUGUAAUUGAACAGCGUCGCUGAAUCACUGUGGCGCGUUAAAAUUAUAAACCGGACCGCGGCAGAUUGGUGCAUUUGUAAACUAAAGAAAAACGAGUACACAUUUCUAAAUACGCUUAAGGUAGUUGCUGAGACAAGUGUGUGUGUGUAUAGGGGUGAGGGGCGCGAUCAGGUGUCGAUCUUUGUGCUUUUUCAGAUAUUCGACAUGGACUUUUUUUUAGAAACCAGCGCCAUGGAGAUUGCCGGCAUUCUUAAUGUUGCUGUUUGGCGCUUCCCUUGCGACGACCGCAGGCAGACAGACCUCCAUUCGAGCUCCUAAAACGGCCCGGGUUCCUAUGAAUGGGUUUAGUCCGACAUGUGGCCUUUCACCCCGCCCUACGAAACACGACCAUGCAAGCCACACUCGGAGAAUUGUUUGUUAAUAGUCCAAUUAGAUAAUUGCCAUCUUUCACUCUUUCCCCCAUUUCCCAUAAAAGAAUGAAUGCGGGGAGCAGCGUGAAGAGGGCUUCUGCCCCGCGAGGUGACAAGGAGGAUUGGAGCGUGCUCCUAGCAGCCAUCUAUUCACUUGAAUUGAUUCAUUGUUGGGUAAUCAAUGGUCUUAUUGGAUUAUUGUCCAUUCGAGGUACCAAAUAUAUUGUUGCACUGACAAUGAAAUAACUGAGGUGAAACUUUUCAUUUAGAGAAUCUUUAGUUAGCAUUUUCCGGACUAGCUGUUUCCUGUGGAUAUAUUUUGAAUAGAUUUUUUUUUUCACUCUCUGGGUAGUUCCUAAAGGUGGCUCCGUCUCACUGGCCUGAACGUUCAGUUCAAGGGACAGAGACUCAAAGGAACUCGGGCUUUAGAGAUGGCUGCUUGCAGCACUAAUAUUACAACAGCAAAUUGCUCCGAACUUUCCUGAAACUCUUAACGCUCUGACAAGUGUAUUUUUUUUUCGCAUUUGAGGCCAAUCGGUUUACAGUAUUUAGCUGCCUGAUUGAAGACGAGCAGAGAAACCAUAUAUUAAGACCUGAUAUAUUAUCCAAACAACGUAUUCAUGGGGCAACGUAAAUGCCUGGCCGUAAAAUUACCCAUAAUCAAUUGAAACGGCAAGUGUACGUACUAUGUGUCUGGUAUUUGUAGAUCUCGCAGCAGUAAAUCUGGAAGGCUGCAGCUUAAAGCACUAUGUCGCGCAGUGUUGAUCAUUUGUUACAUCAAGCAGGACAACCAUAAAAAAAAAAUCGGACAACGGAGAAAGCGGAAUUUCAAUCGAGCAUUCCGAAACCACUCUUGCCGAUAAAACAAACUUUAAAGAGAACCCAGUGGCCGGGACAAUAUUUUAUGAAAUAUCUUAAAAAAAAAAAAAAAAAAUAUUGUGCCUUGCAAUUUAUUUUUCUCCGCACUACAUUACACUAGCAGUCCUCAAUGGAAGUCAGGUGCAAUCGAGAACCAAUAAUGGAAGCGGAGUCGAGCAGAGGUUUAAAGAAUGGACUCCGGGAAGGCAGAGAAACCAGCUCGAGUUCACGGGAUUCUCACGGAAGCCUUCGGAAUUCUUUGAUGGACGACCAGCAAGAGACUUUCUCAGCUUCUGCGAUCUCCGAUGACUGCAAUAAAACAAAAUCCAGUACGACUGACCCGGACUAUUGUAGACGAAUUCUUGUAAGAGAUGCAAAGGGAUCUAUAAGAGAAAUAAUUCUACCCAAAGGGCUAGACCUUGACCGACCCAAGCGCACCCGAACAUCUUUCACAGCUGAGCAGCUGUAUCGUUUAGAAAUGGAGUUUCAACGCUGUCAAUACGUUGUUGGCCGGGAGAGAACAGAACUGGCUCGUCAGCUCAACUUGUCUGAAACUCAGGUGAAAGUCUGGUUUCAAAACCGACGCACGAAGCAGAAGAAAGACCAAGGGAAAGAUUCCGACGUUCGCUCGACAGCCUCUGAGACCGCAGCAACCUGCAGCGUUUUAAGGCUCCUGGAACAAGGAAGGCUUCUGUCGCCGCCUGGAUUGUCCGGUAUCCUGCCUUGUGCCACCAACAACCUGGGAUCAUCCCUGCGUUCCCCCAUCGUCGGCCUUGGCACCACGUUGGGCACAUCGUCACUCACGGUGGGGACAUCUGGAGCACCGACACUGAGCACCACCCACCCCGGACACAGCGUCUUCAGUAUGCCGGUACCAUCUCUUAUUGGCACGGUAGCCACAAGGCUCGCUUCACCCUUAACUGUUACCAGUUCUUUGACGGGGAACUUGCAUGAACUUUCUGCUAGGUACUUGAGUUCUUCAGCUUUUGAACCUUAUUCAAGAAAUGGGAAAAGAGAAACGAUGGAUAAAAAAAUAAUGGACUGACAGAUACUUUCAGGAAACGCGUUCUGUUGAACCAUGAGGGCUGAAUUAAAAAACAUAUUGGAAAUUAACAAUCGUGUAACACGUAGGCAUACAUAUUAUGCACAUAUGCCCCACUCCCAAAGAUGCAGCUAGUCAGUUUAAACCGUCAUAAGCAACUCUCGUUCGAUUUGGGGUGGGGGGAGGGGAGUGAUAUUCAAUGCUCCAACAUCACUUUUAAACCAGGCCAUACUCCAAACCUCUAAAUGGUAUCAAGAUCUAGUACGGAGCUCUGGCGACAAUGUGACGGGCUGUGCGAGUUCAUAACGCAGUCAAUUUAUUUGGCUUGUCGAAUGGUACAAUAUAAUUUUGGAUAUUUUUGAAUUGCAGCUCGGGCAAGUCAUCCAACAUAAAAGGUAAUUUUUACGUCUAGUUCCUGAAGGAGUAAAGUAUUCGAUGUUCAUGUUGCUUGUUCUAGCUCAGUUAGAUCUGUCAUAAAUGAAGGUGGUGCGCUGUUUGGUCUUUUGUAUAAAAAAAAGUAUAUUGUUUUAAACACAUGCCACCAAAGUCCAGAUAUCCUGAUGUAUAGCUUUUAUUAUAGUAUAAUAAUUUGAAGGAUGUAAAAUCUGAAAUUGUAUUUUAUUGUAAAUUAUUGAUUAACGUCCGUAAUUAAUAGACUAAUGAUUUAAUGAAACGGCGGUGGCUGUAUUUAAAGUUAAAUAGUGUCG